AUGAAGCCGCAGAUGCGACUGGCCAUUCUACGUGACCACAUCAUACCGAUGUUCAUUCAUGGACUGACGUUUGGGGUGGUCUCGGCCGGUAAGCUGCGUACAAUGUCACAUGAGACAAGAAGUACUGCUCGCUCCUGGCUUGACCUGCCAGUUUCGUGCUCCAACUCGUACAUCCACUCGCCAACUUCGGCGGGUGGCUUGGGAAUUCCUAGUCCCGAAGUCUCGUUUAAGAGGUACGUAAGACCUGAGCAAUCGUCCGUCCCGGCCGUUCGCGAAGCGUUUCGACUCAACGGGUCGAAAGCGUUAGCGGCGUCGCGGCGGGCGGUUGAGAAAAUGUAGCAAAAGCAAGUCUUUUCGGAGUAGCCUACACUCUUCGGUCGAUGGUUGCGAGCUAAAGAAGUGCUCUGAGGAGCCCGCUUCUGUCGCGUUCCUGCCCCGGUAAGGAUUUCAUAUGGCUCGCACAGCUCCGGAUCAACGGGUUACCAUCACGAAAGCGCGUUAACCGGGGCCGUCGUCAUAUAUCAUAUGACACAUAUCAUCGGUAGUCAUAUUCAAAUAUGUAUAUUUUAUAAUAUAUAAUAUUAUAUAAUAUAAUAUAAUAUAAUAUAAUAUUAUAUUAUAUUAUAUAAUUAUGUUAUAUUAUAUAUAUGGUAUAUUAUAUAAUGAUCAUCGAUAACCGUCGGCUUGCUGUGUGCGAGUGUCUUUAUCUCGAAUUAUCCGUCUAUUUUAAGGAUUGCGUGUGGGAAAUCUGGAUUGCAUUCAGCUGUCGCCGACACACUGGUACCCCGACCACCGCCUAGCCCAAAGCGUGCCGAAAUCUAUGGUGGUGACCAUCUACGUUCGGGAUUGCAGUUCACUUUGCUAACGGCCGUUCUUCGUACCUAACUUAACCGUUACUACUUAUGAACUUAUUACUAGUUAUAACUACUUAUUACUUUGGAACACGUCAUCACGAAUGUAAUAUAAAUUAUUAAAUUGUACGCGCGCACACAUCACUUAAUUUAUUUGCAUUUAUAAAAAUCGUACACGACUUUUGCACACACGAUCUACCACUAGAUUUCAAUGCAAUUUAGUGGUAAAUCGUAAUUUUUUCCGUUUUAACCUAUAAUAUGAAAAUAAUACUCACUUUUUACUAGAAUAUUACUCACUUAAUUGAAAAAAAUACUCACUAUUCUCACUUUUUUUAAGAAAAAAAUUAGUAGCAACCCUGCAUAAUUCUUUUUUUUUCCUCCGGAUAACGGUUACAUUUUAUUUAAUAUUUUAUAUGGUUAAAGUAAUAAUUUUGUAUCAAUUGAAAUUACAGGAACAAAUUGAGUAAAGGCGAAGUUUUGUCGUACAUCGAUGAUGCAUGUACAGCGGGGAUCAUCGACCCCCGAUUAGGUGUCACCACUCACAAAAUGGGUCUUCACAGUGACGAUGACGUGUUCCCCCUGACCAGACCGGUGUUCAAGACUAUUGAGGCAACCCAUCACAAAUUUUAUGAAAUGUCAGUUUCUGCAGUGUCCAGAAUAGAGUAUAAAUUAUGUGACUACCUACCUGACCACGAAAAUAUGACUCAGUCAUGGUGAUCAGCAGAAAUUUCAUAGACAAGAACACAGUGCUUCAUGAAGUCAGUGGUCAUCAUUUUCAAUUCGACCAAGACCUAAUAGUACCAGGUACGUUACAUUGUCCUAUUCACCCUAUUGCUGGGUCAAUAGGAAUACGUUUUUGGAAAAAUAUAUAAAAAUAAAUAUUGAACUUAAAUUUUAUAAAUAGUUCUAAAUAUAUUCAUGUGUGUGUGGGUUUUCUAAAACCAUUUUCAGAAUAUGAAAACUAUAAAAAUUGUAUGCACAAUCUUAAAAAAAUCGUUAAAACCGUUCCUAUUCACCCCAUUUUACAGUAAUUAAUUAUUUAAAUCUAUUUUUGCUUUUCAUUAUAGGUGUAAACGACUUCUCUCUCAUAUAUAGUGGGAGGAGUAAAAAAAACAUGCAUGUCCUACUAGGGCCAAUAUCAUUUGUAAAUCACAGUUGUCUACCCAACUGCGAAUUUAAACCAAACGAUGGCGGCAGAAUUUGUUUGGUUACAUUAAAAAAAAUAUUUGCAGGAGAUGAGCUAACGGUGUCAUAUAGCACACAGUACUUCGGUGAUCACAAUCAACAAUGCCUGUGUGCUCUAAGCUCUAUGGUCUGCAGUGUGGUCGAACACCGUAAGUUCAGUAGUAAUUAAUAUAGAUAUUAUUAUGAUUUAUUUACUUAGUUUGUUUAUCCUUAGUAUGCAAUAAAGUGGUAACUGAUUGUGGUGAUGAUAUAGAAAGUGCUGGUGAGAAUAUUAACACCUAAAAAAUUCUUUUCAAUUGAUAUUAAUUUAUUUUAAAUUUCUAGUUUAUGAUCAUAGUGAUGAUGAUGAUGAUGAUAGUGAUGAUGAUGAAAAAGAAAAUGUAUAUAUGGCAGGACCUAGUAGGGUGGUGGUUGUCCCAGCUGAACCAAUCAUUAAUGAUGGUAAGAUGAUAUUUAUAAACAUUAAUACAAUAUAAUUGAUUAUCAUCAGGGCUAGGAUUUGUAUGCAAUAAAAAAUUGUAAAAUAUGCAUUUUAUUUUCUAAAAUAUGCAUUUAAAUUUUUAUAAGACAAACACAAAAAUAUAGUUGCAAAAAAAAUAUUUAAGACUGAAAAAUAGUCUAAUAAACGGUGAUGCGCGGACAGCUGAAUGGUCUGUAGGUACUAUGUGUAGGAUUGUGUUUAAUACACUAAUACCCGACAAAUUAUAUCUCAUCUUGGAUUUUAUAUUGACCUACAUACUUUUAUUAAUUGUGUUUCUCCGCCAAACUAUUAGUUUUACCCCAAACCUAUUGUACCAUACCUAUUGUAUUUAUAAAAAUACAAAUUAUGUUUGAUAAAAAACCAAGUUUUAUACUUUAAUCAGCAGGGCUAGAAUUAAAUACAAAAUAUUAAUACUAAAUUAUAAAUAUUAAUUACAAAAUAUACUAUAAAACAUGCAUUUUUGCCAUUCUUAUAAUCGAAAUAUGCAAUACUGUUAAUUUUAUUAAAUAUAUGCAAUAAUAUGCAUUUUAUCCAAAAUAUGCAAAAACAUGCUAAAUAAAAACACCACCAUUUAUCUCAUCAUGAGAUGAUUCGUGGACAUAACUGACAAAAUCAACCAUCAGAAGUCGCAAAAAAAACAUGCUGUUGCAUACAAAUCCUAGCCCUGAUUAUCAUAUAUGACUAUAUCAAUUAAAAAGUAAUAAUUUAUGUAAUGAAAUUUUUUUUAUGUAUUUAGUGAAAAAGAAAAAAAUAAAGAAAAUGUACAGAUGCAAAUUCUGCCCUAUGUCCUUCAAGUACAAGUCACAUUUAUAUAGACACAAAGCCACACACAUAGACCCUCAAUGGUUUUGCAAUGUAUGCAAAAUGAAGUUUGCAAGAGAAGACACAUUGAAUCGGCAUAUGAUGAAACAUGGGAGAAUUAGACCUGAAUACAGGUGUCGACUAUGCCCAAAAAAAUUCAAACAUUUUGAAUCGUUAAAACAUCACAUACAACAAAAACAUUCGGAAGAGCCACAAGUAUUUGUAUGCAAGGUUUGCCAAAAGGAAUUAGGUACAAAGAAGACACUGAGGUACCAUUUAAAUGUGCACGGGUCUAUCAAACCGUUUAAGUGCCCAACUUGUCUUGAAUCAUUCCAUCAACCUUGCGACAAAAGCAGGCAUAUGAAAAAAAUGGUAAUUUAUUAAACUUAAUAAUUCAAACAUAAUUUUAAUGUUAUAAUUUAUAAUUUUUAGCAUCCAGUAUAA